AUGAAUGAAUGCUACCGAGAGCUGUUUUGUUACCUAAAUAGUGCAUUUCUUGCAGAAUACAUACCUCCUCUCAUUGUGCUGAGCCACACCUCUAGUGGUCGGUACAAGAGCCACACCUCUAGUGGUCGGUACAAGAGCCACACCUCUAGUGGUCGGUACAAGAGCCACACCUCCAGUGGUCGGUACAAGAGCCACACCUCCAGUGGUCGGUACAAGAGCCACACCUCCAGUGGUCGGUACAAGAGCCACACCUCUAGUGGUCGGUACAAGAGCCACACCUCUAGUGGUCGGUACAAGAGCCACACCUCUAGUGGUCGGUACAAGAGCCACACCUCUAGCGGUCGGUACAAGAGCCACACCUCUAGUGGUCGGUACAAGAGCCACACCUCUAGUGGUCGGUACAAGAGGAGGAGGAGAAGGAAGAGAACUAAUAAUGACGAGGGAGAGUGUGAAUAA